GGGGGCGCUUCCAUCCGUUCGUUCUCCACACUUCAUUUGACACUUGCACUUCGAAGCUUCAUAUACAAUAUACCUUACUACUCUCAAGCACUGCAGAUAUCUUCUGUGGGCCUGCCGCAUUCUACGUAACUAGUUGUUCUGUGCUUCGUUCCAUGGCUCCUUCUCGAGGUCCAAAUGCACUCGCAAGAACUUUGCAUACCACUCUCGCGAACCACAAGGGUCCUGUCCAUGUCGCCCGCUAUGCUAAGGGAACAUCGAAAUAUGUUCUAACCGGCGGACAAGACCGUACUGUUCGACUGUGGAACCCAAGUUCAGGGGCAGAGAUCAAAGUAUAUGCAGCCCAUGGGUACGAGGUACUCUCCAUAAGCGUAUCCCAUGAUAACAGCAAGUUCACAUCGUCUGGAGGAGAUCGGUCGGUCUUCCUGUGGGAUGUCACGACCGGAGCCACCAUUAGGAGAAUAUCCGGACAUAUGGGGAAGAUCAAUGCUGUAGAGUUCAACGAGGAUGCAUCUGUUAUUGCCAGCGGAUCAUAUGACGCGACUGUAAGAUUAUGGGACAUCCGCUCCCAGAAUCGUCAGCCUGUUCAAGUGCUGGACGAAGCACGCGACGCGAUACAAACGUUAUAUGUCGGCCAUGGCAUUAUCAUGGCAGGAUCCGUGGAUGAAUAUGUCCGCACAUACGAUCUGCGUAUGGGCCAGCUUCGCGAAGACUACAUAGGAUAUCCAGUAACCUCAGUCGUGCCAUCCCAAGAUGAACAUACGUACUUAGUCACCACUUUGGACUCCCACGUCCGUCUCAUGGACGCGACAACUGGCAAAAUGCUGAACGACUUCACUGGGCACAGUAUCGAGUCGUAUCGUUGUCGGUCGUGCUUUGAUCAUGGUGAAGCUUCUGUCAUUUGCGGAGAUGAGAACGGACAAGUAUGGGCUUGGGAUUUACUUGACGUAAGUGAGCUCCUUGUCUUCAGUAUGACAUCUCAGUUCAUUGGUCUCUAGGCCACGCCACUUCCACCGAAUCCCCCUCCAAGAGUACAUGAUAAAGUCAUUACCUGGGUUGAGCAUCAUCCCACGGAGGAUGGCGAGAUGAUCACUGCGAGCGCGGAUGGUACCGUUAAGGUCUGGCGACAUCCAGCUUCAUAGAGGGAUCUGUUAGCGUUCUUUAUUUGUCUUUGACUUUUGGCCGGAGAGGCUGUUGCCCAAAAUUGUACAGUAUUUAUCCCGGGAGACUGAACCCCUGAGGAUGAGAGCGUCAUAUUCAAUUGAGUUGUACUG